AUGAAGAGCUGGAUAUAUCAGUUGUCAAAGGCUGAGUUAGCAGCCGAGGCUAAAAGAGUAGGACUCGACGAUACCGGCACUAUCGACCAUUUGCGACAGAGGCUGUCGAAGUUUGUAACCGCGAAUCCUGAACACCGCUACGAACCUCCGGGCGACGUCCCCGACGAUAUUCCAAACGACGCUUCCGACGAGUGGGAGGACACGAUGGACGAUCCGCCCGAAGCGAAAGAACCGGUACCGACACCGGCCAAAACCGCCGACGCCAUGAACCAGAUACGGAAGUGGGGCUGUCACUUUGAGGGCAAGGACCCCCUCGCGUUUCUGGAACGAGUGGAAGAACUGCAGCUGGCGUACGGGUACUCCAACGAGCAAUUGAUGCUGGGCCUCCCGGAAUUGUUGCGGGGCGAUACCUUGCUAUGGUAUCGCAACGGACGGGAGAGCUGGCAGUCCUGGGAAGAUUUCGAACAGGCAUUCCGGCUCGAGUACGUACCCAGGCGAUACCGGGCCCAAUUGACCCGAGAAAUCUUGAGCCGGUUCCAGAAACCGGACGAGCCGUUCAGCAAAUACGCCACGGCGGUGCUGACCAGCAUGCGGCGAGCCGGCGGUUUCACGGCCGCAGACCAGUUGGAGCGGCUCUAUGAUAAUAUGAGCCCUGACUACAAAAUGUACAUCCGGCUGGACGACGUUGCCACCCUGGGGGACCUGCGGGCCCAGGCCGCCGAGUAUUUUACUGCAAUAUACUCCAAAAUACCAGUUGAAAAAAUAGGAAACCACGCACUGGUCUUUAUGUUUCAACUUUUCAAAGGAAAAUAGGUGCAAAUGGGAUGUUUUCUUAGUUCAGGAAAUGCAUCUAAAAUAGUCUUGCACCAACUUAUUAUGGAGUGUAUCAUUACAUAUCUCACGGAGAAAUCAGGCUUCAAAGUUGACGCAGUUAUAUUAGAUGAUGCAUCUUGGAAUCGCUUCAUGACACUCUCGUUCUGGCAGGCUUCCGAGAUUCUCGUCACAUCUCCGCGAAGUCCCUGUGCAGAUCGGGACGGAGUCCUCGCCCGCGUCUUCGCGAUCCAUUCCACGAUGGACAUCGCUAUCAAAAAACAAGUCAUCUCUGCCGGAUACAUCGAGCGCUUCUGGGACAACCUCGUAAAGGUCGGGAAGGAGAAAAUGACCCGCGCCUACAUAACGACGCGGCUGGAGCUGUUGGAGUCCUAUUGGAGAAAGUUCAUGGAAGGGCACGAUGCCGUCUUAGGAUAUGAGGGCGUGGAAGGCACGGAAUAUAUGAAGAGCGACGUCUUCCAGGCCACGGAGGAGCACUAUGUGAGCGUGAAGUCUCGCAUCACCGCCCAUCUGGCGGUGCCGCCUUCUCCGACCCCGUCAGGCAAGGGCGAAGCAAAUGCCGUCUUAAGGCAGAUACAGCUGCCGAAGAUCAGCUUGCCCACGUUUGAUGGCGAUCAGCUGGCAUGGGAAGGCUUUCGGGACCUCUUCGUCUCCUUGGUUCACGACGUGGAGGGACUUGCUCCGACGCAGAAGCUCCAGUACCUCAAGGCCAGCCUUACUGGAGAGGCGGCGGCGGCCGUCGCAAACAUCGAGAUCUCGAAGCGGGGCUACGCCUUGGCGUGGGAGGAGCUCGCGUCGCGCUACGACAAUCGGAGAGUCCUGAUGGCGACCCACAUGCGCGUGCUGCUGUCCAGCCCGCCGGUGACCAAACCAUCGGCUUCCGAGCUCGGCCGACUCCUAAGCGUGGUAAAUCAGGCGGCACGCUCCUUUCGAACGCUAGGCCGCCCCGUGGAUCAGUGGGACGACUGGUUCGUCCACAUACUCGUCGACAAACUCGACUCGGCGACGCGGUUACUGUGGGAGUCGGAGCACAAGUCAAGUCGAGACUUCCCGACCUUCGAGGAGCUGAAGGAGUUCCUUCUCACCCGCGCUCGGGCGCUGGAGGCGGCCGGCCCGCGACCGACACAGACGACCGCCACCAUCUCCAACGCGCCCCAAGGGACGGGUACAAGGCGAAGUGGACGCAAGGAAGAGGUGUCGGCCCAUGCCACCGCCACCGGAGCUGACAACCGGGGACCACAGUGUCCACUGCAGUGUAGGGAGCGGCACUACCUACGCUCCUGCGCCCGCUUCAGGGCGUAUUCAGUGGAACAGCGUCGCGACCUUGUACGAAAGGGGAGACUGUGCUUCAACUGCCUUGGUCAAGGUCACGCGGUUUCGGCUUGCCCCUCCACAGGUAGGUGCCGCAUCUGCCAGGAGACCCACCACACGAUGCUACACAUACUGGAGCGAGGAGCGCCGCCGUCGGCCACUCCGGACUCAACCGAUUCCGCUGUGUCGAAGGACAAGGUCGAGCAGCCGGUUGAGGCAACGAGGGUCGCCGCGUUAUCCACCUCCACUACGAGCAUGGUGCUGCUCGCGACCGCCAUGAUCCGGCUGAUCAGUGACACGGGCAGAUCCAUGACGGUUCGAGCGCUACUGGACUCAGGAUCGGAGGCGUCGUUCGUGUCCGAGCGGGUGGCUCAACAUCUCAGGCUGCCACGACGCCGCGUCAACGUAACCGUCUCCGGCCUGCAGGGCACGACCACCGGGAGAGCCGCCCACGCGGUCUCUCUGAUGGUGGGUUCGGAGAAAGCGCCCUCCUUCAGGAUCGCGCUACCGACGGUCUUGGUAUUGGCCAAACUUACCGCCCUCACGCCGGGACGACAGGUGCUGAGGGGCGACUGGCCUCAUCUGGAGGGACUUCAGUUAGCCGAUCCCGGCUUUGACAGGCCGGCUGCGGUCGACGCCGUACUCGGGGCGAGUGUGUACGGGAUGCUGCUCGAGGGUGAUGUCCGACGCGGCCACCCCGACAGCCCGACGGCUCAUUUGACCGUGUUCGGAUGGGUGCUCAUGGGCGUCCUCUCCGGCGCCGACUGCGCCACGCCGCAGUCCGUGGUGGCACAUCACGCGUCGGUGGAACCGGACCUUCAACACGAUCUUCGUCGGUUCUGGGAAUUGGAAGAGGUGGCCGACGAGCGGAUACCUUCCCCGGACGAGGCCCACUGCGAGCAACUGUUUGCACAGACACACGCCCGUGACUCGGAGGGGCGAUAUAUCGUUCGCCUCCCCCGGAAGACGAACCCGUCAACGGCUCUCGGGGCUUCCCGUCGCGGGGCAUUGCAGAUGCUUCUCAGCACGGAGCGCCGCUUGGAGCGAGAUCCGUCGCUCAGACAGAGGUACGCCGACUUCAUGGACGCGUACCUUGAGUUGGGCCAUAUGGAGGGGGCACCCAGAAGCGGAGUCGGUGAAUGUUACUACCUGCCCCACCACGCCGUAGUCAAGGCUACGGACCCGGCCGGGAAGAUCAGGGUGGUCUUCAAUGCGUCCUUCCGAACCUCCUCCGGGGUCUCGCUGAACGACGUGCUACUCGCCGGACCGAAACUGCAGGUCGACCUCUGGUUGGUCCUUACCCGUUGGCGGCUCCACAGGUACGCAUUCACCACGGACAUUGUGAAGAUGUUCCGCCAGAUUCGCGUGCACCCAGACGACGUGGACCUGCAGAGAAUUCUGUGGCGGGCGGAUCCGACCUCGGAGGUUGAGGACUACCGGCUCACCACAGUGACCUACGGUACGACGUCCGCACCGUAUCUCGCCAUCCGCACCCUUCUGCAGCUCGCACAGGACGAGGCAACACGGUUUCCACUUGGAGCGGCUGCCAUACGCUCCAACACCUAUGUCGACGACAUUCUCGCUGGAGCGGGCUCGAUGGACGGGGCGCUGGAGCUGAAGCGGCAGCUGGUGGGGUUGCUUAAGGCGGGCGGUUUCCCCCUCAGCAAGUGGUCCGGGACGCACGCGGACCUGUGCCCUGAGGGAGAUCAGGAGGAGCGACUCAUCUCCACCAGCGACCUGGUCGGGGCAUUGGGCGUCCUCUGGUCCCCUAGCCGAGACUCGCUCGGCCUACGAGCAGUUCCGAUCUUGACUUCGACCGAGGGGCCCACCAAGCGACGGGUCGCCUCCGACGCCGCAAGAUCAUACGACCCGGCCGGGUGGGCGGCGCCGGUGCUCGUCACCGCCAAGAUUUUCUUGCAGGAUCUCUGGUUGGCGGGAGUAGAGUGGGAUCAGCCCCUUCCUUCACACUUACGGGCUCGCUGGAUGGACUACAUCUCCACGUUGCAUGAGCUGGACAGCCUGAGCAUACCUCGCUGGGCCGGCGUCACGGACGGAUGUACCAUGCAGCUGCAUGGCUUCGCCGACGCAUCCGAGAGAGCAUACGCCGCAGUGGUGUAUUUAAGAAGCGAGGACGCGUCCGGCGCUGUCAGGACAAGCAUUCUGGUAGCCAAGACAAAGGUCGCCCCAGCGAAACCGGUCUCGAUCCCGAGAUUGGAGCUGUGCGGGGCCCUGUUGACGGCGCGCCUGCUCGACCGGGUGGCAAAGGGGCUCGGAUUGCCAGCCGACGCCCUCCAUGCAUGGUCGGACGCCAGGGUGGCGCUGGCAUGGCUGAGAGCGCACCCGUCUAGAUGGAAGCCGUUCGUAGCGAACCGGGUGUCCGCCAUACAGGAGCUGGUGCCCACGGAGCGGUGGCGCCACGUGCCGACGGCGGACAAUCCUGCGGAUGCUGCAACGCGGGGUAUCACCCCGUCAGAGCUGUCAGAUCUGAGCCUGUGGUGGAGGGGCCCACCCUGGCUGGCGGAGCCGCCCGAACGGUGGCCACUCGACCCCUGCGAGGAGCGGACCGACUGCGAGGUGCGCCGCGUGCACGCGACCACGACGGCCACAACGGAGCAGGAGAAUGACUUACUGUCCAGGUUCUCAUCUCUUUCCAGGUUGAUUCGCGUAACGGCCUUCUGUCGUAGGUUUCUUCCAGGACAGGCCUGGACGGGAGCCCACCUCUCUGCAGACGAGCUCGAGGGCUGUCGACUUGCCUGGCUUCGAGUCGCACAGCGGCAAGACUUCGCGGGGGAGACGGAGGCACUCUCCCGCGGUCAGCGGCUGCCACGCCGAUCGCCGCUGCUGGCGCUAAGGCCCUUCCUGGGGCCCGACGGGCUUCUUCGAGUGGGCGGGCGACUGGAAAAUUCCCCGCUGGAAUUCGAGGAGAAGCACCCGAUCAUCUUGGCAAGGACGAGCCACCUGUCGUUGCUGCUGGUCCGGGACGCCCACGAGCGCACGCUACACGGUGGACCACAACUGACUCGCAGCGUGCUAGCCCGACGAUACUGGAUCAUCCACGCCGGCCGCCUAAUACGCUCGAUACUACACCGCUGCGUGCGCUGCGCCCGUUUCAAGGGCGAGGCUGCCCAGCAACAAAUGGGCCAGCUUCCUGCAACCCGUGUCCGGGCCGCGCGGCCGUUCCACUCCACCGGCCUGGACUACGCGGGGCCCAUCCAACUGCGUACCUCAAAGGGACGAGGCGUGAAGUCCUUCAAGGGCUAUAUAUGUCUGUUCGUGUGUAUGUCCACACGGGCAGUUCAUCUGGAAGCCGUAUCCGACCUCACGACGUCUUCCUUCUUAGCCGCCUUUAAGCGAUUUGUCGCCAGGCGCGGCCACUGCGCCCACCUGAACAGCGACAACGGAACCACGUUUCGAGGAGCCGACCGAGAGUUGAGGGAGAUGUUCAGGGCGGCGGCGGACUUCUACAAGGUCUGCCGGGAACAACUGGCGUCGGACGGGACAGACUGGAGCUUUAUACCCCCCUCGGCCCCGCACUUCGGCGGACUCUGGGAGGCCGGCGUAAAGUCAACAAAGUAUCAUCUUCGACGCGUAAUCGGCGACCACACGCUGACUUACGAGGAGCUCUCGACGCUCCUCUGCCAGGUAGAGGCGUGCUUGAACUCUAGGCCGCUCUACCCCUUGAGCACAGACCCAACGGACUCGGCCGCCCUUACUCCUGGGCACCUACUGAUCGGCGAGUCGCUGAUCAACGUGCCGGAACCGCCAGCGCUAACCAGCCCUUCGGGCCUCAUUAAGCAGCGCUGGCAACUAAUUUCUAAUAUGCGCGAUCAUUUCUGGAACAGGUGGUCCCGGGAAUAUCUGCAGCACCUGCAACAGCUUGGGAAGUGGCGACAGCGCUCGGCCAACCUGACCCCUGGCGCCAUCGUGCUGUUGAAGGACGAGCAGCUGCCUCCGGCGAAAUGGGCGCUCGGACGAGUCAGCGAAGUCCGGUCCGGGACUGACGGCCUGGUACGCGUCGUCGUCAUCGACACCGCCACCUCCCGAUUGACCCGUCCUAUCACCAAGAUCUGCCCGCUUCCCGUAUCGCAGGAUCAGCAGCAACCACGCCUGAUGAUUUUCAAUUUAAAAGUUAACUAUAAAUUAACAGAACAAUACGUAAAACCGAGAUAUUAUCAAAAAAUGAAUGUUGCAAUGGCCUUUCAAAAUGAAAGCUCUGAUUACAGCGAUGAACAGUCGAACGUCCAUCAAUGCGUUAAAGUCAGGCAAUCAAAUGUGGAAGUAAAACCGCCGAAAGGUUGCAACAUAUCUGAUGGAGAAGUGAUGGACGUUCUAUUGAAUACAAAGGACAUAAUAGAUCCCGAGGAAAGACGGCAGUGUAUAUCACCCCUUAAUAAUGCCGAACGCAACUACAGUGCAACCGAGUUAGAAUGCCUCGCGGUAAUCUGGGGGAUCCGCCGAAUGCGAGACUAUCUGGAGGGAUAUCCGUUUACGGUGGUUACGGACCAUCAAUCCCUCCGGUGGCUGCAGAAACUUGACGCGCCAACCGGAAAGCUUGGACGCUGGUCGUUCGAGCUACAACAAUACAACAUGGAUAUCAAGUACCGAAAGAGGGCCCUAAACUGCGUGGCAGACGCUCUUUCACGGCAACCCAUCGUCGCCGCCGCCGAAGCACCCCCGCGAUGCGCAUGGUACCGCCGGAUAAAGACCGCCGUGAGUACCGCUCCGCGCGAUUACCCCGACUACGAGAUACGGCAAGGGAAAUUGUACCGACACAUCCUCCAUAACUUAGAUUUCAAAGAAGUCGCAGCUGACAACCAAUGGAAGCUGUGCAUCCCGACCGAGCAGCGACCAGACAUUAUGCAAGCCAACCAUGACGACGCGACCGCCGGGCACCUGGGCAUAGCCAAAACUAUCUGCCGAAUCGCGCGGCACUACUAUUGGCCGGGGAUGUUUCGCGAGAUCGCGCGCUACGUACGAAAAUGCUCCAACUGCCUCGAACAUAAAGUAGCGCAAACCCGCCCUGCCGGUACCCUCAACGCGACCGCGGUGAACCGCCCCUGGCAACACGUGACCCUCGACCUCGUGGGACCCCUCCCACGCUCGAAGAAGGGCCACACCUGGCUCCUUAAUAUGCAGGACCGUUUCUCUAAAUAG